CUUCCCCUCCCCCGGCCCCCCGCCAUGGAAUCCAACAAGGAUGAGGCCGAACGGUGCAUCUCCAUCGCCCUCGGCGCCAUCCGCAACCGCCAGCCCGAGCGGGCCCUCCGCUUCCUCGAGAAGGCCCAGCGCCUCUACCCGACGCCGCGGGUGCGCGAGAUGAUAGACUCCCUCACACAGAACGGACAGUCUUCCAACGGCCAGGCCCAGGCCAAGGACGCGACCAACCCCCACCUCAGGAAAGGAGGCCCAGGAGAAUCCACGUCCACCAACGGCGAGGCAGGAGGGGAGAGCACCAAGGGCUACACCCAGGACCAGGUGGAGGCGGUGAAAAGGGUCAAGCACUGCAAAGAUUACUAUGAGAUUCUGGGCGUGACCCGCGAGGCCUCCGACGAGGACCUGAAGAAGUCCUAUCGCAAGCUGGCCCUCAAGUUCCACCCGGACAAGAACCGCGCCCCCGGGGCCACGGAGGCAUUCAAAGCCAUCGGCACGGCGUACGGCGUCCUGAGCAACCCCGAGAAGAGGAAGCAAUACGACCAGUUUGGCGAUGAGAAGAGCCAGGCCGCUCGCCAGGGGCACAGCCACGGGGACUUCCACCGCGGCUUCGAAGCAGACAUCUCCCCCGAAGAUCUCUUCAACAUGUUCUUCGGCAGCGGUUUCCCUGCCAGCAACAUCCACGUCUACAGCAACGGCCGAAUGCGCUACGCCUACCACCAGAGGCACGACCGGCAAGAGAACCAGGGUGACGGCGGCCUGGGCCUGUUCGUCCAGCUGAUGCCCAUCCUCAUCCUCAUCAUCGUGUCCGCCCUCAGCCAGAUGAUGGUCUCCAGCCCGCCCUACAGCCUGAGCCACAGGCCGUCCGUGGGGCACGUCCACCGGCGGGUGACGGACCACCUGAAGGUGGUGUAUUACGUGGGGGACUCCUUCGCCGAGGAAUUCACGGGCUCCAACCUGAAGACGGUAGAGCGGAACGUGGAGGAUGACUUCGUGGCCAAUCUCCGCAACAACUGCUGGAAAGAGAAACAACAGAAGGAAGGCUUGCUGUACCGGGCCCGCUACUUUGGCGACACAGACCUGUAUCACAAGGCACAGAGGAUGGGCACUCCGAGCUGCAGCAGAUUGUCAGAGGUGCAGGCCUCCCUGCAUGGAUAGUCCCUGCCGGCCCGCUCCUGCAGAGGUCAAACCAUGAAACACCUGGAGACUCUCUGGUGACGUGCACUGAGCCGAGGUGACGGACUUUGUAUUUUAAGAGGAAAAAAGCAAAAAAAAAAAAAAAAAAAAAAAAAACCUUACAUUAAAGAGGAUUUGGAGGAAGAGCAACGCACAACUGCCCUCCCGUCGCCCCUCUCCCUGCAGGCGCAAGAAGCGCUCAGGAUGGAAACCUUGCUUUGGGGCUACCCCUUCCUCCCACCUCCCGGCAGAGGCUCUCCCAAGACUCGGCUACCACCUCCCCAAGGACAGACGGCGGCCUUUCCCUCCCCCACCCCUCCCGGGGGGGGGGGACUAAACAUCUCUCUCUUCCCGGAAACGAACGCAGAGACCCUGGGCAGGAAGGGGGUAUCCGGAAAGGGGAAGGACAAAAAAAAAACCUCGUUGGAAUUUAAUUUAUAGCUGUAAAUAUGUUGAACUUUUAAACUAUGCAGGGAUUGGGAUCUGUUCUUCAGACGGUGCCUGCCCCAUCCUAGAGAGCAAGGCCUUUCCGGGGCGAAGUCCGAGGGGCAGCCCCAUUCUCUGCCCAGAUGGGCCUCAUUUGGAGAGGAGAGGAUUUCAGGUUUUCUCUCUGCAAGAAGGGUUGAGGGCCCAGAUUCGGAUUUGGGGGUCAAGGGGUUUGGGAAAGGGGACGGAGGCGCGUGGGGCCAGCUGGUUCCCUAACUCGGGAGGAAGGAGAGGAGGGACGCGAGCCGAGGGAAGGGCGGGCAACUCCUGUCCGCCCUGACGCAGCUUCUUCCUCCUCGUGCCCGGCAGUAUUUGAUGGGGGUCGGGGCAGCCAAGCCUGCUCUGUUUUCGCCUUAAAAGCCAGAGGCAGCUGCAGGGCCACAGGCGGGGCUCCCCACCCCACAGCCCAUCCCCUCUCCAGCUGCCCACCUAGCUCCGACCCAUCUGCGGGGGGCAUCCCGGGCCUCUCCCCGCGCCCCUCGGCUCUGUCAGCGGGGCCGGGGUCCCCGGCUGGGAGGAAAUGGAGCCCCCCUCUUCCUCUUCGUCCUCCCCUCGCUCCGAGGCGGGUCUUUCCUCGUAGUGCACAGCUCGCCCUCCCUCCCCCGUUCAGAAAGAUGGCGUCUCCCACCCUGCCGGCCCCCGGGCGCGGGCGAAGCCGGCGGCCCAACGUCCCAGGCGGAGCACUUUAACUUCUGCAGAGAGAAGGUGGGUCGCCUUGACCAAACGCAACCCGCCCCCCCCCCGUCCCGCCACCCCCGGGCUUCGAAUCCGGGAGCCGCCCGGAUCCGAAUGCCCACGCCUUCGUUUCCCAAGGGGGUUCUGCCCCAAACGGCGGCUUGGGGCAGGCGGGCUUCCACCAGGCCUUCCCGGGGUCAGCCGCGUCCCCGCCCCCACGGCUGGAUCUCCCCUUGGGCGGGGACUUCCAGCCCUGGGCUCUCCGCGGCCCCGCUCAUCCCACGGGCCUGGGAGAGGUCCCCGGCUCUGGUUUUGGAGUUUGGGGAGUUUUCGAACAGCCUUUUGACCAGGAAAUAGGAACUGGAACCCUAAGGUGGGGCCUCAGCCCAAGGGACCGGCGUCCCAAGUGAAGCCCCGAGCCUCCCCUCCCUGCUCCCCAGGCCCCCGACUCCUCCAUUAGGCAUCCUUGGUCGGCGUGAGCUAUGUGCAAUAAAGCGGAGAUCCUAAACGAGA